AUGGCUCACCACCACAAUCAUUACUCUGGUGACCCACACGCUCUUUCGGGGUUUUGGGGUCCUCCAACCAGUGCUAUGAACUUUUGUGAGGAAGACUACGCCGUUACUCAAUAUGCUGCUGAGUUCAUAAGCACAACGACAAAUCUGAUAUACGUAUACUUUGCACUUCGCUAUCCUCGGAAGAAUGACGAAAAACACCCCUCCAAGGGCCUAGAUAUCUUGUCCUGGUCCCUCUUAGGUGUUGGGAUAUUUUCAGUCGGUUUCCAUGCAACGCUCAACCAGACAGCACAAUUCUGCGACGAUAUAUCCAUGCUGGUCUUCUCAGCAGCUCUGCUCCAAAAGCUCUACACAUCAGGUCAUUCACCACUUGCUUCCAAGCUUAUAUCCGCCGUGCUCUUCUCCGUCACCGCAAUCGUCUCCAUUGCCUAUCUCCGAAACGGCAACAUUCUUCUUCAUUUCUAUACCUUCAGCACUAUGGUGAGCCUCAUCUGGCCGCGGACCCUGUACCUUAUCCACGCCCGAGGCCGUUCAGAAACAGAGCGCAAGAAUCUCGCGCGCAGAUUCUGGAGCGCGCUCGGUACGUUGGUGGUGGCUUUCAUAAUAUGGAACAUUGACCUGGAGAAGUGUAUGGAGUUGAGGCAGAUCAGAGCUGCGGUUGGGCUCCCCUGGGCCUGGCUCUUUGAGUUUCAUGGUUGGUGGCACAUCCUUACAGGGAUAGGGGCUAAGGACUGGAUUCUGCUAGUCAGGGAUCUCUGCGGAAGCUGA